AACGUAUAAAUGUGCCCGAUGUAAUGCGCCCCCUCACAAUACGCUGUCCGGUCAUAUUGAACUGGUUUGAUUACCAUUUAGUCUCCUCCUAGCUUGUGGAAGUAACGUAAACUCACGUGGACCACUCAGCUGGAACCACAGAAUCACAGCGAACAGAAUGGCCGCAGACUGGUUGGGUAGUGUUGUCUCCAUAAACUGUGGGCUGACGUUGGGAAUCUAUCAAGGAGAGGUUUCAUCUGUCGAUCACAGCAGCCAGACCAUCUCCCUGAAGCAGCCCUAUCACAACGGUGUCAGAUGUCCUCUUCCCGAGGUCACCUUCAGUGCCGUUGAUAUCAAGGAGUUGAAGUUCCUAGACAUCCACAGUACAGUCAACAAGCCCGGCACCGGUCAGGGAGCUGCAACGGAAUCCAGCAUCAACGCAUCAGCACGCCGCGGUCAGAGUAACAGAGUCGCUCUUCCUCAUGUGACAAGCAGCUCCCAGUCCGCUACUGCACCAAUCACCAUCCUACGCAGAGGUAGGCACACGGCCCCCGCCGCUUCUAACAGCAGAGGGCCGACGCAGGCCACGCAAAAGAAGAGCGGCGCGAGGAACGGGGGAGCCGGCGGUCCGGCGAGGACAAGGGACGACGAGUGCUUCGGAGCCGGGACCGACGAGAACAUGGGGGCGGACUUCGACUUCGAGGGGAACCUGGCUCUGUUCGACAAGGCCGCCGUCUUCUCCCAGAUGGGCGGGGCCGGCGGCAGCCGGGCGCAGCAUCACGGCGCGCAGGGCGAUCAGAAGCCCGCGUCCUAUCGCCACGACGAGAACAUCCUGGAGGCCAAGCCCGUCGUAUACCGCCAGAUAACGGUGCCCCAGCCCGGGGGCAAAGAGUACUGCACCGAUUCGGGCCUGGUGGUCCCCAGCGUCCCGUACAAGCUCCACAAGCGUCUGCUGGCGGCGGCGGAGCGGUGGGGCCUGUCCCUCGAGCGCCGGCUGGAGACCACCGGCGUCUGCUCCAGUCAGAUGGCUCUCACUCUGCUGGGCGGACCAAACAGACUCACCCCCCAAAACGUCCACCAGAAGCCCACCGUGGUCCUCCUGUGUGGGCCUCACAUCCAGGGGGCGCAGGGCGUCAGCUGCGGCAGACACUUGGCCAACCACGGCGUCGAGGUCGUCCUCUUCCUGCCCAAUUUCGUCAAGAUGCAGGAGUCUGUGACAAGCGAGGUCCAGCUCUACGGCGGGACCAGCAGCAAGCAGGUGGCCAGCGUCAAAGACCUGCCGGCGAGCCCCGUCGACCUGGUCAUCAACUGCCUGGACUGCCACGAGAACCCCCUGCUGAGGGAGCAGUCCUGGUACCAGUCCGCCGCCGACUGGGCCAACCAGAACCGGGCCCCCGUCCUGAGCAUCGAUCCCACCGUCGGCAGUGCGCAUCGGAGUGUCGAGGCGAAGUGGAUCCUCUCCUUGGGCCUCCCUCUGCCGCUGGCCGAGACGGAGAGCCGGGUCUACCUCUGUGACAUUGGCAUCCCCAAAAUGGUUUUCCAGGAAGUCGGAAUCCGCUACCGCUCACCGUUUGGAUGUAAAUUUGUCAUUCCCCUGCACACGCCAUAACAGAGCAGCCGCUGACGUUGAGUCCGGUUCCACUCGGAGGGAACGGCCUGCUAGUUGUACAAGUUUGUAUGCGGCGUCUUACCUUGCUGCCCCUCUGAAAACUCCCAAGGGUGGAGGAAGGGGAGUGAGGGGGGAUGGGGGGGGGGUUCACCACACGUUGCGUGCGACACCUCUUGUUUUUGAGAGGGAAAGGUUUCCUGUUGCGUGUUUUGAUAACGUCGUCGCUGAGCACUACGAGUCUGUGACCUCUGACCCCGUGACCAGGCGCAGCAGCAGAGACACACUUCCUGUUUCCUCCUCCAGAUUGUGAAGGGUGGCGCACAGUUUGGCCUAAAGCCGUCUGCCACGCUCGUCCAUCGUCUUUUCAUUGAAUGCAGUUUUGUACCCGUUCAGGCGGGUGUUUUGUCUAGUAGUUGUUGUAGCAUUUUGAGCAUUUUGUUACAUAGAAUUUGUGUUUCUAGUAUUUUUUGGAAUAUAUCUCAGGAACAAUGUAUGAAAAAUGUAAGAAAAACUUUGGAUUAAGAUUACAUCAAAUAGCGCACUCAUUCUCGUCAGGCAAGUUCUCAACCACUGAAAAUGAAACGUAGCCGCUGGAACUUCUGAGGAUUUGUUUUCUGCAUUUGUGAAGUCUUGCACGUUGAACAGGAUUUCAAAGCACACAUUCCAAGGACAAGGAACAUCUUGGGCCAGGUUAAUCUCCAGGGAUUAUAGCCAGUUAGUCAAACCUCAUUAUUAUUUUCCAUUUUGACACCUCCGAUUCAGCCACCUCGGGUGAAGUAUCCAUUCCUUUUGUUUGGUCACCAUAGCGAUCUUCUGUUAAAACCUCUGAUGAGCAAAUUGCCCACUUUAGUAAAACGACAGCUAUGCACUUUGUAGAUUGAGCUUUUUAUAUAUUAAUAUAAAUGACUUUUCCAAGAGCAAAAAUAUCUGUUACUUCUGUUACAAGUUCAAACCCAAGUGUCAAAAAACUAUCUAAGUAAUGAACGUCCUUUAGUGGACUGCCUUUCAACUUGUACCCUUUGGAUCGUCUCUGAACUGAAUGUGUGACAUUUUGAUAAAAACAUUUUGAUUUGCGACUAAUCUGUCAGGAAAACGGCAAGAAAGAAUCAAAUGACUCCUGGAGAAUGUGUUUCACUUGACCAACGUGGGACCUGAGACCUCGACCAGACCACUGUAAGCUUAAUCUGUUGGUGGGAAUAGUGGUCUAAAUCAAAUCUCCACUCAGGGAAACUUGAGCCGUUUAGGACACUUCUGUCUCUUUCUCUCUGCGUUUUCGGAGCCACGUUGUUUCAUCUUGGUUACAGCAAAGACCAAUUGAAACGCUUAAUCAUUUGAUUGGGAUUGAGCCGUCAUGUUUGAAGCAAAAAACAUUCCUUAUUUUCAUUGGGGAGGAUCUGGAAGUGAUUUAUUGUGGGGGGGACUCAGCGCUGAUAGGUUUGUAUCUCACAUUUUUCAGAAGUAUAGUGAGCUGUGGAAAUCCCUUUAAAGAGGUUUUGUACUUGAGGUUUUUGACUGAUGUUUUGCCAUUGUUGUGUCUGAAGAAGCUGUAUGUACGUUUUGUGAAGAGCGUCAUCUAAAAAAAACAGUUUAAUACUUCUUUAGGUAUACAUGUGAAACCUGAUCUUCUGACGAGAUGCAGAAGCAAAGGGUAGGUGCUGCUUUAUGCAACCGUGAAAUAAAAACCUUGCAAACGCCGUGUAUGAAA